CUCCCGGUGAUCCCGCCCGGCCCUUCCCGGCCCUUCCCACCAUUCCCUGCCCUGCCCUGCCCUGCCCUGCCCUCUGCGGAUGCGCCGGAGCCCUCCCCGCCCCCGCAGACUUGGAUCGUCUGUCUAAUAAACAAACAUGAGUCAUCUGAAGUUGUUUGCAGCCGUGCUGAAGUGUCAUGGCACUAAACUUCUGGAAAAGCAGAAUAUAGCCAGAAGGGCAUUUUUGCAUGGCCAACGGUAUCUUUCAUCAGGAACCUCAGAACCUUUCCUGAGUGGGGGCAAUUCAAGUUACGUGGAGGAAAUGUACUAUGCAUGGCUUGAAAACCCUGAAAGCGUUCAUAAGUCCUGGGAUUUGUUUUUCCGAAAUGCUAAUGUUGGCCAAGCACAUGAUGCCCAUCUGCCAGAGCAGCUGGAAAGAAAAGCAUCAUUUCUUCAGAGCCAUGGCCUGGCCCAGACACCGGGUAAAGCUGAAAAGCUUGUUGAAGAUCACCUUGCUGUGCAGUCUUUGAUAAGAGCAUACCAAAUCCGUGGUCAUCACGUGGCUCAGCUAGAUCCCCUUGGAAUUCUGGAUGCAGACCUGGAUUCGUUUAUUCCAUCUGACCUAAUUACUACAAUCGAUAAGCUCGGAUUUUAUGGUCUGCAUGAAUCAGAUUUGGACAAAGUCUUUCAGCUGCCAACAACCACCUUCAUAGGAGGAAAUGAGAACAGUCUUUCUUUACGAGAGAUCAUCAAACGCCUGGAGAAUACCUACUGCCAGCACAUUGGCUUGGAGUUCAUGUUCAUCAAUGAUGUGGAGCAGUGCCAGUGGAUCCGGCAGAAGUUUGAGACGCCGGGAAUUAUGAAGUUUACUAAUGAGGAAAAAAGGACUUUGUUGGCCAGGCUGGUGCGCUCAAUGAGAUUUGAAGACUUCCUUGCUCGCAAGUGGUCUUCCGAGAAGAGAUUUGGUUUGGAAGGAUGUGAAGUAAUGAUACCUGCACUUAAGACCAUCAUUGAUAAAUCCAGUGAAAUGGGAAUUGAAUAUGUUAUAAUGGGGAUGCCUCAUAGAGGUCGGCUGAAUGUAUUGGCUAAUGUAAUCCGAAAAGAGCUGGAGCAGAUCUUCUGUCAGUUUGAUCCCAAACUGGAAGCAGCUGAUGAGGGAUCUGGAGAUGUAAAAUAUCAUCUGGGAAUGUACCAUGAGAGGAUCAACCGAGCAACAAACAAGAAAAUCACUCUGUCCCUGAUGGCUAACCCUUCUCACUUGGAAGCAGUUGAUCCUGUUGUGCAGGGGAAAACAAAAGCUGAGCAGUUUUAUCGAGGGGAUACAGCAGGGAAAAAGGUUAUGUCCAUACUAUUACAUGGGGAUGCUGCCUUUGCAGGACAAGGAGUGGUUUAUGAGACGUUUCAUCUUAGUGACCUCCCGUCCUACACCACAAAUGGCACCAUUCACGUUGUGGUCAACAACCAGAUUGGCUUCACCACAGACCCCCGUAUGGCCCGUUCAUCUCCAUAUCCUACUGAUGUUGCUCGUGUGGUCAAUGCUCCCAUUUUUCACGUGAACGCUGAUGACCCUGAAGCAGUGAUGUAUGUGUGCAAUGUGGCUGCAGAAUGGCGAAACACAUUCAAUAAAGAUGUGGUGGUUGACUUGGUUUGUUACCGUAGGAGAGGGCACAAUGAAAUGGAUGAGCCCAUGUUCACCCAGCCUCUAAUGUACAAGCAGAUCCAUAAGCAGGUGCCAGUGCUGAAGAAAUAUGCGGACAAGCUGAUUGCAGAUGGGACUGUGACACUGCAGGAGUUUGAGGAAGAAAUUGCGAAGUAUGAUAGAAUAUGUGAAGAAGCAUAUGCUAGAUCUAAGGAUAAUAAGAUUCUACAUAUUAAGCACUGGCUUGAUUCACCUUGGCCUGGAUUCUUUAACGUGGAUGGAGAACCCAAGAGCAUGUCUUGUCCUCCCACGGGCAUUUCAGAAGACCUGCUGACUCAUAUUGGCAACGUAGCUAGUUCAGUGCCAGUCAAAGACUUCAAAAUACACUCAGGACUCUCUCGGAUUUUGAAAGCCCGCUUGGAAAUGACCAAGAACAGGGUUGUUGACUGGGCCUUAGCAGAAUACAUGGCUUUUGGCUCUGUUCUGAAGGAAGGGAUCCAUGUCCGACUAAGUGGGCAGGAUGUGGAGAGAGGUACUUUCAGCCACCGCCACCACGUGCUUCACGACCAAGAAGUUGACAAGAGAACGUGUGUUCCCAUGAAUCACCUGUGGGAGCAGCAGGCCCCCUACACCGUGUGCAACAGCUCCCUGUCCGAGUAUGGGGUCUUAGGCUUUGAACUUGGCUUCGCUAUGGCGAGCCCCAACGCCCUGGUGUGCUGGGAGGCCCAGUUUGGUGACUUCCACAACACGGCGCAGUGUAUAAUAGACCAGUUCAUCAGCUCCGGCCAGGCCAAGUGGGUCCGGCACAACGGCAUCGUCCUGCUCCUGCCGCACGGAAUGGAAGGAAUGGGUCCAGAGCAUUCAUCAGCCAGGCCUGAGAGGUUUCUGCAGAUGAGCAAUGAUGAUUCUGACGCCUAUCCAGAGUUCAGUGAGCAGUUUGAAGUUUCCCAGCUGUAUGAAUGCAACUGGAUUGUGGUGAAUUGUUCAACUCCAGCCAACUACUUUCAUGUCCUCCGAAGACAGAUCUUGCUGCCGUUCAGAAAGCCGUUGAUUGUUUUGACACCCAAGUCACUGCUGAGGCAUCCAGAAGCUAAAUCCAGUUUUGAUGAAAUGGUGACUGGUACCACUUUCCAGCGUGUGAUUCCUGAGAACGGGCCGGCAGCUCAGGCGCCUCAUGAGGUCAAGCGAGUCAUUUUCUGCACUGGAAAGGUGUACUAUGAUCUCGUGAAAGAGAGGAAGAAUCAAGACCUGGAGAAACAAGUAGCUAUAACCAGACUUGAACAGAUCUCACCAUUCCCCUUUGACUUACUGAAAGAAGAACUUGAGAAGUAUCCAAGUGCUGAUCUAGUUUGGUGUCAGGAGGAGCACAAAAACAGUGGAUAUUAUGAUUAUGUCAAACCUCGUUUCCGCACUAUUGUGAACCACACUCGACCUAUCUGGUAUGUUGGCCGAGAGCCUGCUGCUGCAGCUGCCACAGGCAACAAGAACACGCAUCUGGUGUCACUCAGGAGAUUCUUGGAUACAGCUUUCAACCUGGAGGCCUUUGAGGGAAAGACAUUCUAACUGCAGGGCACUGACCCUUCUCUGGCUGGUAGUCUCUCAAAACACUGCAUCCAAAAGAAAACAAAAGUGGGGAAAACACUGGACAUUAUGUAUCUUUGCUUUACCAAAUAAAAGGAUCCAGCAGCUGACUUCAUUAAUAUGUAACUUGCUUCCCAGUUAGUAAGGAAAAAAUAAUUCCAACUUGCCUUCCAUCAUUUUUUGCCACUUGUCUGUUUAGAUUGGGACCUCUUUGACACAAGAAGUGUCUCCUAUCCCAGGAUGCAAGGCCUAGCUCGGUAAGGCUUGUAUCACAGUCUGUGGGCACUGUCUAAUUACUGUAAUUAAGUAGAGCAGGCGUGGACAGCACGAUAGUUACGCACACAAGAGACUUUUUUUUUACAAGGAAAGUAAGUGGCAGCUAUUUCUGUUUAUAUAUUGGAGAAGAGUAACGGAACCAAAAAACAGAGAUGACUUUGGCAGAGAAAUGUACCGGCUGUGGUUGUUGCAAGGAGAUGGUGAAGUAACCUGAGGAUGUGAGGAGCCGGCUGAAAAUAGGGGUCAGGUUACAAAGUGUUAGACUGGGUGGUAACAGAAGGGCUGUGGACCACUCACCUUUAAGGUCAAGGAGCCUGAUGAAGGCAGACAUAAAAGGGACCAAGAAAAGGUUUGUUUGGGGGCAACUGAGGAGGAAAGAAGGGUGGACAAGACCACAGCUGACAGAGAAGUGGGUCAUCAGCAGGAGAAUUCAGCAUCAAAUGACUUCAGAAGAGGUGACAGCACCAAUUGCUUCCAUUCCCUGUGCUGCCUGCUUUGAUGCUGUGUGUUAUUAGGGAACUGUGGGAUCCUGUAAACAUUCUUAUUUUGGAUGAGCACGUACUACUUUCCCCUCACCAUGCUGUUAGGAUCUGCUUCUCUUUGACCUGGUACCAUCCUUUAAAAGAUUGUGUUUGGAUGAAAAAUCUGUGUUUGUGCAACAAGCAAUGGAUUCUCUGUUUUGUCCAGUGCUGUUUCCUGCCUCACAUCUCCUUGCUGAUACUAAUUCAACUCUGAAGUGGCUGUUCCUGAUUUACCCUUUUUUUUUAUGUUAAGAGGAAGGUGGGCAAGCAACUGUUGCUGAUUUACCAAAGGCACAUGCUGUGGUUUUGUACAAGUAGGGAUUGAUUUCUUUGGUCCCUUGUGUUUAUUUGUCAAUCGGGAUAUUAAUUGCCAUGUACUUUCAGUAUGGACUUUAAAGUGAACCACCUCAGGAGCUGGCUCUGUGUCAGGUGGCUGAGGUACAGCAGGUGCUGAAGGGAGAGAGCAGCAGGGGCUGUUUCUUUUCCCAGGACAUAAUGCUUGGCUUCCUGGGAGGCACUGCUUGUGCUUCCUCCACAGUGCUGGAAGGCAGGUGAGCCCUGUUUGCUCUCCCCUCCUGAUAUCACAACUAGUACUGUCAGAAGUCAUGUUCCCUCUGGCCCAGGAGAACUUGGCUCUGGGUGGACCUUGUGACUGCAGGUUUCUGCAGCACCAACCUGUGCAGUGGCAGGAGACUCCUUCCCUUCUUCCUGCUGGCUGGCAGAGAGAACAGCGGGAUGAGCAGGUCAGUGGUGUGGGAGGGUGCAGAGGAAUGGCCACGCCUGUGCUGGGGCUGUAACCAGCUGCACAAGGGUUAUCCUGGGUCUGCUGAGCAGCCCCUUGGAUACGGCACAGCAAGGGACUGGAAAACAGAUGAGACUUCCCCCCCAUCUCCACUUCCCUGCCCUGAAGCUCCUGGGAGACACUUUUGCUCUUGGCAGUAGGUUCAGCCCUGCUGCUGCUGUAUUGGCUGUGACACAGCGGAGCACGACAGUUUUUGCCUGAUUCAAGGAGCUGGGUGGUGCUGGAAAGCUUCUUCUCUCAUCAAAAUAAACAGUAUUAAAAACUUUCAACUGUGAUCAGGUACUACUUACCCAAGCAGGUUACCAAAAAGGGAUGUGUGCCUUCUGCUGUCCCUUUGUUUGGCCUGGGUACAACAGAACAGUGAAAAAACGAUCCUGUCAGAGCAUAAAAUCAGCGUUGCAAGGGACUUACCACGGGAUUCAGAACUCAACUUAGUCUCAUGUUAGUGAAACUCGGUAGCACCCUUUUAAAUCAGGCUGGUUGCCUUGGGCCUUUUCUCUCACCGAAGCAUUAAAGCUAAUUCAGUCUUUUGAAACCUAAUGAACUCGGAAAGUACUGCAGUUGACAGCCACAAAUAUUGUCUCCUGUCCCUUUGUAUAGCUCAAAACAUUAAGCUGAUAGGCAGUAACCAUCGCCCAAAGUAUUUUAAUGCUUUUAUGAAUGCUUGUUUCUGUAGCAAGAAUUGAGUGCAGCUAAAUAUUUCUGGCACUGUUUGUUGUAUUCUCAGUUUGCAUAAGGCAGGUCAGUGCUGCAUGGAGUCUGAUAAAUGCACUUAUGCCACAGCACAUGCAGAGGUAGAAAACAAAUUUGACAUAGAAAUAUAAAUGGUAAAUGACAGCUUUCCAUUUUCAUUGUGUAUCAUAGAUUGUGGCAUAAUAGCUGCAUAAAAGUUCCAUCAAAGAAUGUAAAAAGCCCAAUAAAAUAAAAAUACGUAUGAAGAAAA